CAACCACAUCGGAAGCGAAGGAACAAGAGGAACAAGCGCGUCACACGGCAAACGGCAAUGACGAGCGUCAGUGCGGAGCGACGAGCAUCGCAUCCACACCAGCAGCAGCAGCAGCAGCAGCAGCAAGUGACGCCGACGUUGGAGGAUGUGUGGAGGGCUGAGGAUGUGAAUAUUGUUUUGCGUGCCAUCCACCAUGACAGUGUCUUGGAGGAGGCCAUCAGCGCAGUGUCCAAUCUCACCACAACAGAGGGUGCGGCACCGUCCUUGGAAACACAGUGCGCGGUUGCCAUUAGCACCGUCUGCGCCGGCCUUCCAUGGACGGAUCAUUGCAAACGGCUUCACAAACAGCUGCUGAUUCGCGCAAACGAACAGUUGCAGCCGCUGGAAGAGUUCCGGAUGCCCUCUGCCGCUGCGCCCUCCGCGUAUCAUGAGGGCGUGCCACGAGGAUCGAGCGUGAGCUUGCGCACCUCCACAAUCUCCAUGUCGCGCGGCUUCUCCAGGCGCUCCGCCAGUUUGGGACACGAGGAACUCAACGCAUCCAAUCGGGACGAGAUUGUGGCCGGUGUUCUUCGAAAUGGAAUCAAGCACCUGGCGGCUGCAAGCGAUGCCUUCUGCCUUGCGUUCCUCUCCACAACCCCGCUCUCCCUCUUGCAGCACUGCAACCCGUCACUGGUGCUUGAGACGGCGGCUCUGCGUGCGGUGUAUGUGUGCGGCCAGCGACCCCCCACCACACAGCGCGCAGUGGACAUGCUGCACAGGUACAUCACCGACCAUGCCGCCAACCCCUGUCGCACCACCAGUGCCCAGAUGGCUCGCACCUUCCACGCGCGCCUCUCGUCGCCGCCGCCGCCGCCAACACUGCUCCGCCCCUUUUCCAUCCCCUCCAUUCGCACGAGCGCUGCAGUCGCUGCAGCGCGCAUGGCAUCAUCAUCAUCGUCUUCAACAGCAACGAGACUGCAGGUCAGACGCACCCCCUCACAGCAACGACAACAACAACAACAACAACAACAACAACAACAACAACAACAACAACAACAACAACAACAACAACAACAACAACAACAACAACAGCAGCAGCAGCAGCAACAACAGCAGCAGCAGCAGCAGCAGCAGCAGCAGCAGCAGCAGCAACAGCAGCAGCAGCAACGGCAGCAACAACAACAACAACAACAGCAGCAGCAGCAGCAGCAGCAGCAGCAGCAGCAGCAGCAGCAGCAGCGGUCUGUGUCCCAGAGCGCAUCGCGGACAAUCAACUUUGCGACAACGAGUGCGGAUGCGCUGACAACCAUCUCCACACCAGAGGGCGAUGAGACAAUCGUGUGAGCCACGAUGACAGCACCACUCCACCCGAGACCACAUGGUUACAAGCUGGCUGGGCGGUGAUCGGGCUGUCUUUUGCCAAACAUCUGGCGACGUUGCUUGCUUGCUGCGUGCUGUUCAUUGAUGCAAAUGAUUACAAAUACAACAGACACUUGC